GGGAGGGUCUAGCCUGAGCUGGUAUCUUAACACCCGUCACUUCACACGUGGACACCCGAGCCCUGGGCAGGCUCGAGGGAGCAAACGAAGGCUGUGGGAGCACCUGUGAAGAAAGCAAAGCAGCUACACCGGGGGCUUCUCAAGGCCCUUGUCAGGGUGAUCGGGGUACCUGCACCUGCCCUUGUCUGUGGCUCUGGUCUCCCUGUUUCCUUCCUGAUCACGAGGGUGCGCUGUCCAGAGGGCAGGGCAGAGUCUGCUGGGACUUCUUGUUGUCAGCUUUCACUUUCAAACGGUGGAAGGAGUCAGAGCAGGUGGGUUCUUCUGUCUGGGAGUGCUUAGUGCCCCAGGUCCCUGUUUCGGGAGAGACCCCUGCAGCCUGUGCCAGGCUCUGCUUCUCCAUUCUCCUGGGAGCCACUGCCUCUCAGACAAGAGGAGCCUGUGGCACCAGUGCUGGAUCUGGAAGCAGGGUGUGGGGUCCGAGCAGGGAACUACAGAUGCAAUCUCUGAGAGCAGAUUUGGAGUCAGCUGAGAUCUUGCACUCCUGAGUUAGAGACGCUUAUGAGGUCCCAGGUUUUCAAGCAGAUGAGGAACUGAGGCAGAGCCGGUCAAGAAUUUCGACUAAGAAAGUCACACAGCAAGUGGCUGAGAGUGGAGGAGACAUUAGCAGUCAGCCCCAGAAUCUGUCCUUCCCAGGACCAUCGGCUGCCCCCCAAGCACUCUGAGGAAAUGGAGGAUUGCUGCAGGGGCUCUUUGCUCUCCCUUCUCCUCUCCCUGUUUCUCCUCCUCCAGCUGCCUGCUGGGGGGUCUGCAGAGGAGUUUGUGGUGAUUGGCCCCUCGGACCCCAUUGUCGCCAUGCUGGGUGGGGACAUCACGCUGCCGUGUCGUGUAUCCCCGGCCAUGAAUGUGGAGACCAUGGAGCUGCGGUGGUUCCGCUCCAAGUUCUCGGAAGCAGUGUUCAUCUAUCAAAACCAGCAGGAGCAGAGAGAGGAGCAGUUGGCCCAGUACACAGGGCGGACCUCGCUGGUGAAGGACUUCCUCAUCCAGGGAGAGGCUGCCGUGCGCAUCCACAAUGUCCAGGCUUUCGACAACGGGCUGUAUACCUGCUUCUUCAGAAAGGGGAGCUUCUAUGAAGAGGCCAAUUUGGAACUGAGGGUGGCAGGUGUGGGCUCUGCCCCUCAAGUGCAGAUCCAAGGGCCAGAGGAGGACGGGGUCCGAGUUGUGUGCAUGGCCUCGGGAUGGUUCCCGAAGCCCCAGCUGCAGUGGAGAGCUCUCAGUGGUGAAAAGUUCUUGACAUUCUCUGAGACCCAUGCCCAAGAUCCUGAAGGGCUAUUCAAUGUGGAGGCCACUCUGGUUGUGAGUGACAGCUCUUCAGGGAAUGUGACCUGCUCGGUCCUCAACCCCAUCCUGGGCCAGAAGAAGGGAAUGGCCAUUUUCAUCCCAGAACCCUUCUUCCCCCAGACUUCUCCCUGGAAGCCAGCUUUCCUGGUGAUCCUGACUUUGCUGACGCUCCUACUCCUUGGGGCUGCCUUUUACAUCAAGAGAGAACAUACUGCAAAGUGCCGGGAGAUGCAGGAAUGGAAGAAACUGCACAGGGACAAGGAGGAGGAUCAGCGGACAAAGGAGGAGGCCCUGAAGGGCAGAGAUGAACUCCAAGCAGAUCUUGCCUGGAGGAAAUCUGUGUACCUGGCUGCCUGGAGGAAGGCACGGCUGUAUGCUGAUUGGCGGAAGGAGAAGUUCCAGGCCAUGUCUGUCACUCUGGAUCCAGAGUCUGCACAUCCCAGGCUUGCUGUCUCUGAUGAAAACACUAGUGUGACCUGGAAGGAUACGACCGAGGGCACAGAAGAGGAAACCUGUAGCGUUUUGGGUCAUGAUGGCAUCACAUCAGGGUGCUGUUACUGGGAGGUGGAGAUCAGGAAUGGAGGCAAAAGCGAUUGGGUUCUGGGGGUCUGUAGGGGAGAUGUGGAGAGGAAGGGCUGGUAUGUGGAGCUCCCAAAAAAGGGGUUCUGGGUUGUGGGGAAAUAUGAUGAUAAAUUCUGUGCCCUUCUUGAGACUGAAGUAUCCCUUGGGAAAGUUCCCCACAGGGUAGGGGUUUUCCUGGACCUCAAGGAAGGGGAUGUCUCCUUUUACAACAUGGCUGAUGGCUCCCACAUGUUCUCCUUCUCUCUAGCUUCCUCCUCUGGGGCUCUGUUUCCAUACUUCAGGUUGAAGCCAGGAGAUGUGUCCCUGACCAUCUGCUCUGUGUUAGGAGGACCUGUAGAGACCCCUGUGCCCCUUAACAAUUCUCCUUCUUUGGAGGAGCCGGUGAGCCUCUCAGGGCAGGGGUUCAGCUCAGGCUCUGGUGUUGAUGCUGCUCUCCCAGGGGCCGAAUCUCCAUUACUCCCCUGCAGCCCUGAGGCUCUGUCCCCAUAGAGCGCCAACACUGUCCCAGACUCCUCAUGGUGGCUUUUCCUGGAGCUGCCGACUCCCUGGGGCAGUAGCCUCUGGGGUUAGUCCUGGGUGACCUGGUGUCUUGCCCUCCUCUUCUGGGUGCAGACUGCUGGGGUGUGGUUACGAGAAUAGUCAGUUUAUGCCUUAUGCUCAGGUAUUAGAAGAUAAAUGUUGACUGUUUGAGCUGAUACGGGGUAAGCUGAAUUUUGCUAUUGGAGGUCAUUUUUCUUUUGAUCAUGAAAAUUAUUUCAUGGAGUCCUUGUAUUUUUUGAUAUGAAAUGCAAUGAAGUCUGAAUUACUCUGCAGAAUUAAAUGUUGUUAUUGUUUUUUUUAAUACAGUUUGAGUUGUGCAGAUGAACCCAGGGGCUAUGGGCGGGUCACAGCUCUAUUUUGGGAAAUGUGCACUCUUACCAGAGAUGUUGGUCAUCCUAAAAUUUCUGAAGAAAUGGAUUGCUGAUGGACUUUUAAGAGGAGUGGACUGUAAUAUUCUAUUGUAUAUACUUCCUAUUCUGGGAUGGAUGAAAUAUUCUUAUCUUAUAAAACCUUAGUAAAUAUCUGUUAUUUGUGAAAUACUAGUGCUGAGUUAUUUCAGGGAAUUAAGGACAAAGAUCUGAUUUCCCCUUGUGAGUCAACAGCAGUUGGAGAGAACAGAUCUCCUACCAGAAUAAAGAUGUGAAUGAAGAAGAGUGUUUUCAGACCCUGGGUUAAUUGCAGAAAGCUCUGGUCAUGAGCUCCAUUCCAGGAUCUAUGUACUGCUUCUCAAUACUUUCGAGUCCAAUUGUGAAGGUGGAUAGAAACCACAGGAAACAAAAGGUAGCCAGACUGUUGAGGACUCAGACCUUCAGGAAUGAAGGUUUGUUCAUUGCUGAAGUAAAGAACUCUGACCUGCUGUGAUUCUGGGAGAAAUGAAAAGACACAGAAUUGGAAGUGGAAAAAGGAAGUCACGAAUAUCAGUUCCUGCCUGUGACCAAACAUAGGAAAAGGACUGUAGUAGCUUUGCAUAUUUUCUCUUUCUUGUCGUGUAGAUGUGUCCUUUGUAUUAACUAUCUAUUUUCUUUCUCUCUUCUUCUUACCCAUGGGAUUUUAUUCAGGUGCUAGUGGUGAUAUUUAAAAUACUGUCUCUAAGAAAGAGAAUAGUCAAAAGGAUUGUGACUGAACUUGAGGAAUAAAUAAUAUAACAGUGUCGAAGUCAAUGCCUGGGACUACUUACUUGUUCCCUUUUGGGGAAAGAGUGAGAACUUCUUCACUUGAAAGUGUAGCCCUGUAGAUGGGUAAAAAUGUGGAGUUGUUGUGUUGGAAGUUCCAAUGUGGGUAAAAUGGUCUAUAUGGGAGUUGAGAAACUAAAGGUGUGAACUGUGUCCAUUAUCAAUUUAUUGCCUUUGGGUACAUAUCUACCCUGUCUUUUCUGUAUUUGUUGAUACAGGAGCUGGAUCCCAUAAAGUUUCACUUUUCCAAGUGGCACACUGUUAGCCUUUGUCAGUACAGUGCACCAGAGGGAACACAGCAAGACAUAGUAGGGGAAAAAGCUGUCUUCGUUUGGUGCUUUUCCCCUUGAUCCUACAGUGUUACUGUCAGUGGACUGGAGAAGACCUAGCUUCUCUCACCUUUGGGUGAAUUCGUAUGGGAUUGCAGCAGGCUCUGUUCUAGAGGGCUGCUUCCCAGGGAUCUUGCCAGUUCUCUAGUGGGAGUUUUCCUGCCCAGCAGGCUUGGCCUGUGGCUGGUUAGAGAACUUCUUUCCCUUCCUGGGGACCCGGAUCCCACCUUCUCCAAUAAAAGUAAUGUCAGUCUUGUUUUCUCAAAUAUCUUCCUUUUUUGAGGGCUCUACCUCAGCCCUAGAGGUAAUGUCUGCUUCCUGUAUCUCCUACUUCUGGUUUCUUUAGAGCUUUCUUUUACCUCUUUCAUAGUUAAACACAUUUUGCUUAAUAAUUCUUUAUAUCACAUUUCCCCUGCUAAAAUGAAUGAUGUGGUUUCUGCCUCCUCACUGGGCAAUGACUGAUAGGAACAUCUAAACUGAACUGUAUUUUGGAGGGAGGCACUGCACUGCUCACAGUCUGUGGGAAAGGGUAGUGGAGGAAUUUUAAAAUGUAUUAAAAUGUUCACCCCAACAAUAAAGUCAUAAAUAGCCUUUUGGGAUCUUUAUAUAUAUUUUAAUACUCUAUGUU